AUGGGCUCCAUCGAUUAUAACGCUUCUAGCAAUCAAUAUGCUCACCCGCUUGUCUCUGAGCGGGCUGUUGACGAGCCAAGGCCGUUGAAGGUCGUUUACAUCGGUGCCGGCAUCUCUGGUAUUUGUGCAGCCAUUCAAUUCCCUAGAUAUGUACCAAACAUCGAGCUUGCGAUCUAUGAGAAGAAUGCAGAUGUCGGAGGAACGUGGUUCGAGAAUAGAUAUCCUGGUUGUGCGUGCGAUAUUCCAGCUCACUCUUAUCAACUGAGUUGGGAGUCCCAGGUUGACUGGUCCAAAUUCUACGCCGGAGCUGCAGAAAUUCUGGAAUACUGGAAGAAGGUCGUUGAGAAAUACAACCUCCGCCGGUUCAUGAAAUUCAACCACAAGUGCAUCGAGGCACGCUGGAACGAGGAGACGUCCAAAUGGCACGUGAAGCUGGAAAUCGUCGGAACCGGUGAGAUCGUGGAAGACAUUGGAGAUGUCCUGAUGGUCGGUCUAGGCGCUCUGAACGACUGGAAGUGGCCUGAUAUUAAAGGUCUUCACGAGUUUAAGGGCAAUCUUCUCCAUAGUGCUAACUGGGAUACGACUUAUGAUGCCACCGAUAAAACGAUUGCCGUUAUUGGCGCCGGUAGUUCUGGAAUUCAGAUUGUCCCUGCUUUACUGCCAAAAGUCAAGGCCAUGGACCACUAUGUCCGAGGUCGGACUUGGAUUGCAGCCACAUUCGGUAACGAGGUCGUUCGAGCGAGGAACAACGGUAAAGAUGGAAAUUUCGAAUACACACCUGAAGAGAUCGAACUGUGGAAGAACAAUCCUGACGAAUAUAUCAAAUACCGGAAAGCUCUCGAGUGCGGAAUGCAGGGAGGCUUCGCCGUAACGCAUCGAGGCUCAAAGGAGCACGAGGAGGCCUGGGCUUUAUUCGCCGCUGAUAUGAAGAGGAGGUUAGAGAAGAAGACCCAGAUCGCCGAGCACCUGAUUCCUGAAUUCCCUCCACUUUGCAAGCGAUUGACGCCUGGCCCGGGUUAUUUGGAAGCACUUGUUGCUGAUAACGUGGAAGUGAUCCCAAACCCCAUCUCUCACAUUGAUGCCACUGGCAUUACGACUGCGGACGGAGUGCACCGGGAGGUCGACUCGAUAAUCUGCGCCACCGGUUUCGACACAUCUUACCGCGGAAGAUUCCCGAUCUACGGCCGUGGAGGCGUGAACCUCCAGGAUCGGAAUCUCAAGGUCCCAGAAUCCUACCUCAGUCUCGCCGUCGACGGCUUCCCCAACUUCUUCCAAUCCCUCGGUCCCAACGCUGGUCUAGGCAAUGGAAGUCUACUCGUGGUGAUUGAAGCCGUGUGCCUGUACGUCGGCCAAGUGCUCGAGCGACUAUCAAAGGGCAACGUCAAGACCAUCGAACCCAAACGAAAAGUGGUUGAGAACUUCACCAAAUACUGCGACGCAUUCUUCAAACGCACCGUCUUCUCGGCCGAAUGUGGCAGCUGGUAUAAAUCCUCACCACCCGGCGCCACGGAAGAAGAGCGCAAGAACGGCAGAGUCACCGCGCUAUGGCCAGGAAGCAGUAUCCAUGCCGCGAGGACACUGGAGAAGCCUCGCUUCGAGGACUUUGAAAUGACCACCGUCGACGACAAUGAGUUUGGCUGGAUCGGCAAUGGUUGGUCGGCCGCCGAGCGGGCUAAUGACCCUGAAGGACUCAGCUGGUAUAUCAACGAUACCAGAUUCAUACAUCAUAAACUGGAAGAGCAGACACCACUUCAAGUGGAGAACGGGAAGGUCGUCACCAAGGAGGAGAACGUCCCAAAUGGGGAACAUGCCACAAACGGAGAGACGAAAGAGGAGACGAUUGUGUCAGAAUACAAGAUUCCCGAGGGCGUCGCUGCUACAUAG